ACGCACCGAUCAGAUUCCUAGAGAGAGAGAGAGAGAGAGAGAGAGAGAGUCCCCACAAAAACUGACGCUUAAGCAGCCUAGAAUUGGGUUCACUAAAAUCCCAAUAAUCGAUCACCAAAUAUCUACCCAGUCCCACUCUUUGCAUUUGAAAUUUUCUAAUCCAAAAAAAGUAGAUACCGCAAGUAGGGAAGGUAGAGAGAGAGUGUGUCAAGGUUCCCAAAUUUGCACAGAGACAGUUCACGAUCUGCUUACCCCAUUUCUAUUAGCUUCCCCACCCCACCAUAAGAACCCAUCGAUCAUGCCAUCAGGUGCAAAGAAGAGAAAAAGUGCCAAGAAGAAGCAGCAAAAGGAGGAGGCCAACAACAACAAAAACAACUCAGCAAUUCACUCUUUUGGAGAUGAUGAUCCGAAAGUCCAUGAUGAGAAAGAGAGCGAUGGAGGAGAGGCAGGCUCUCUUGCUUCACAGGACCACCAUAACCACAGCCAUCCAUUUACCGAGGGAGAUGAGGAAGAGAUGGAGAAUAGAGAAGACACUUUAACUGCUCGAUCAAUCGUCACUGAGAGUGAACCUGUGGUGGGAAUUAGUGGUAAUGGAAAGAGUACACCGAAUGUGGCAAUGGAUGCGAACAGUGAUAUUCAAAUUGAUCAGGAGAUGAAGCAUGUGGAUGAUUCUGACAGGAAGAAUGUUAGUAUUGAGUAUGUUGAGUCUGUGAAAGAAUCAAAUGGUGGACAGAUGUCUUUGGAUUUGGGCAAGAAUGUUAGUCUCGAGUAUGUUGAAUCUGUGAAAGAAUCAAAUAGUGGACGAGUGUCUUUGGAUGGUGGGAGCUCUAGCAGUGGCAGCAGCAGUUCAGAUGACGAGUCUCAUGUUAUUGAGAAGAACGUGGUGGUGAUAGAGUCAGGGGAAUCAAAAGCAGAUGAUCCUAAUUUGGCUGCCGAAUCUGCUGCUUUUGCUGAUUCAGUAAAGCCAGCUGAUUUGCCUGAAGUAACUCGAGCUACUGAUGGUGUUCCGGCAAUGGAUGCUUGUAAUUUGGUUGUGGGAGAGCCAAAAGAAGAGGCAUAUGAUCCUGUUGCAGCAAAUGCCCCUCCUAUUAAUUUAGUUGAGCCAUCUGAUUUUGCUGAAAUAACUCCAGUUACAGUUGGUGAUCUAGUUAUUGAGGGGACUACCUCUCUUGUAGACUCAGAGAAUGUAUCUAAAACGGUGGUUCCUGUAAAUGACAGUUUGGCCAUUGAGAAUUCUAUGCAUUCUACCAUGUUUGAAUUGGGUUUGAAGGAAAGUGGAAAAAAUGAGAGUUCAGGGGUUUCAUCAGUUGUGAUGGAUAUGGGAUCACAACCAAAGGAGGAUAAAGUGGCUUCUAAAGCAGAUGAGAAUUCUUCAGUUUCUUCCGGCACUGGAUUUGCUACACAAGAAGAUGAACAAGCUAAACCAUUGGCUUCAUCAAGCAUUCUUGCUGUUGAUCAUAGUAAUGGUGCAGGACAUGUAAAAGAUUCUGUGAUUUCGGAAUGCUCUGAUGGCCAGCCUUUGGUAGCUUCAGCUCCACGACUGGCACGAACAACUUCCUGGAUGAGUUGCUGUGGAAUUUUUGAAUUGUUUACAGGCUCCGGUAGAUAAUUUCAGAAACAUAGCAUGAAGGAGCAGAGUGAACUGAUGAAGCUAGUGAUACUUUUUUAAGGACUUGGAUUAUUGAAGUUUCUAUUCUUUCAAGUUUCUUUCCUGAAGAAUAACCGGUGAGGGACCUCACAUACAUACAAUCUCAAGGGUUUUAGUCAAUGUUAGUGUUGAAGACAGUCUUCUUCAUACUAUUUUUUGUUGAUUUUGCAGUAUGUAGUGUUUUUCCUUUUUUGUUGGUGUGCUUUAUAUCCGUUGCUGGAGUAAGUUUUAUGUUCGAUAGGGAAAUUGCACAAUGCAGAAAUUACAAGUUUCGGUUUUAGAUUCAGUGCUUUGUUUGGUCUCUUUCACCCAUUUGUUCUCCUUUCAUUGUUUGCGAUGAUUGCUCACUCUAUCUUCGACUCGUGCUUUCUUCUUUCAUUAUGUGUGCCUUGGUCUGUAAUGCAAUCAAUUGUUACAUCGAUUGAAGCUUGGAUUUGUGAUUUAGAAAUUUUAUAUUGAUUGGGAUCUUGAGAAGCAAUAAACUUUGAUUAUUGAUUU